UGCAACUUGGGGCUGACCUAUGGCGGACCGAUGGGACAGGGAGGGUUUGGGCUGAGCAGCCCGGCCCCAUCGGGCAGGUUUUUGGGGCCAGCCGUGAACAGCUGCUCUUCUGCCUACCGACCCCAGCCGCCGCCGCCGCCGCCCGUGCCCGCACCCUCUUCGGCCGGCCCUCCCGGGAACCCCAGCUACUCGGUGUCAGCCGGCGAGAUCUAUCCAAGCGCCGGGGACCUGUACCCCAGCGCGCCCGGCGGAGAAGGCUGCUACUCGGCCGCGGUCCAGCACGUGUUCCCGCGGGGGCCCCUCUACCCAGUGCCCGGCUAUCAGGUCUCCGGGAAGAUCCAGGUGGUCCUCAACAACUACCCUCUCUGGGCCAAGUUCCACAAGCACCAGACGGAAAUGAUCAUCACCAAACAGGGCAGGUGAUAUUUUGAGGAGGGCAAGGAAAUUUGAAGAAAUGAAACUACUUGGUAAAGGAU